ACACAAAACUGUCCUUUUUUGGCAACAAAAUACUGUGUCAGGGCAUUGUAUUGCAGUAUCAGGAAGUGCAGGUGUCAGCCAGGAUGGUUUAUUAGUUUGAACCAAUCCUGUUCUAAAGGCACAUGUAGCAAAAGGCAACACCUUCAGCUAUGAAGAGUGUCCAUAAUACGAUUCCCAGAGAAUACAGCACGCAGUGACCUUGAGAUAUGGAUAUGGUGGAUGGGUACAGCUGGAUCAUCACUGCAAGGGACAGGCAAAGAUGAUGAAGGAUGGGAAGGUUUUUAGAGUUAUUCAAGAGAACUGCUGGGAUCCAGAAGUACGGAUUAAAGAGAUGGACCAGUCAGGAGUCACCGUCCAAGUCCUGUCCACAGUCCCUGUAAUGUUCAGCUACUGGGCCAAACCUCAGGAUACUUUAGAUCUCGCUCAGAUAUUAAAUAAUGACUUAGCUGCUACGGUAAAAAAGUACCCUAAGAGGUUUAUUGGGCUGGGCACGUUACCUCUGCAAGCUCCAGACCUGGCAGUGAAGGAAAUGCAUCGCUGUGUGAAUGAACUUGGAUUUCCUGGAGUGCAGAUAGGAUCUCAUGUCAAUGAGUGGGACCUGAAUGCCCCAGAGCUGCACGGUAUUUACGCUGCCGCUGAGAAAUUAAAUUGCUGUCUCUUUGUGCACCCCUGGGACAUGCAGAUAGAUGGGAGGAUGUCCAAAUAUUGGUUUCCCUGGCUAAUAGGCAUGCCAACAGAAACAACCAUGGCUAUUUGCUCCAUGAUUAUGGGAGGAGUUUUUGAAAAAUUCCCUAAGCUGAAAGUUUGCUUUGCACAUGGAGGUGGAGCUUUUCCAUACACAGUGGGUCGAAUCUCCCAUGGAUUCAAUGUGCGCCCUGAUUUGUGUGCCAUGGAUAAUAAGGUGGAUCCAAGAAAAUACCUUGGCUCAUUUUACACAGACUCUCUUGUCCACGACCGUGGGGCACUAAGGCUGCUAACAAGUGUAGUUGGAGAGGACAAAGUUAUUUUGGGGACAGAUUACCCUUUUCCACUUGGGGAACUGGAACCUGGAAAAUUGAUUGAUUCAAUGGAUGAUUUUGACCAUAAACUGAAGGAUAAACUCAAGGCUGGAAAUGCUCUGGAAUUUUUGGGUCUUAGCAGAAAACAAUUUGAAUAAUUAUGAAGUAUUAAAGCAGCUUCAGAAAUAAUAUCCUUAUAUUUCCAUUGGCCUGUGCAAUUGUAUUCAUGAAAAAUAAAAUUGACUAUUAUCUGACAGUAUCCUGUUAUUUCCAAAACAAAAGCAAGGGUACUGGAAAUGAGUAUGCACAGGUAUUGCCUGAGGAUUUAGGCUGUUUGUAAACAAUUCUGAAAUCCCUGCUUUCAUAAUAAAGGAGAGAUUUCAUCUUUUGCAGUUGUAAUAAGAAUCUCUGAACUAUAAUCAAUGCCAUGCUAUUAGGACUUGAUUCUCAGGAAGGAAAGAGCAGAGAAAAUUAUGUACCCACUACAUUUCUGUCUUUGUUAUGAUGGACAAACAGAAUUUGAAAGAAUAUUAAAACAGAAUUUAAAGAAUUUUGAUGCCCAAUAAAAGGCACUAUUUGCUUUUAUCCACUGGUAGAAAAAGCAGCACACCACACUCAGCUCAGCACUGCAGGUGCACUCGUGCUUUGUCAAUGUUGUGACAGGAUGGAAAAGGUCUGUGUGGGGACUUUAUAUUUUAGCUGCCACCUACACCACUGGAACUUAUUCAUCAGAAACAAUUUAAACAAUAUGGUUGUAGUGCAGAAAUAAUGUAUUUAUGUGGGUAAUACAUGGUGUGCCACUGCCACUAGUAAUAAAUACCAGUGUUUGGCAACA